GGCGUAAGUGAAAAAUAAAAUAUGAAAUAUAGCUUAUCCUGCUUUUUGCUAAUAAAAGUAGUAGUUAGAUUUGUUUAGUGGUUAGAUUUCUAAAUAAUAUAUUAUAUCGUAAAUAAAAAAAGAAGAGAAAAUGGCAAAGAAACGUAUUAAUGGACGCUACUUAGGGCAAAAUAUAGGAGAGGAAGUUAUUUUACUCGGGACCAUUAACCGUAAAAGUUCAAAUGGAAAAAAUAUAGAACUUCUUACAACGGAUGGUGUACAAGUAAAUGUAACAUUAAAUGAAGCUCUUGAUAUUAAUGCAGAAGGUUAUAUAGAAAUACAUGGAACUGUACAAUCAAAAGGUACCAUGUCAUGCAACAGUUUUAUUCUUUUCCCUACCAGUAUGACAACAAAAUUUCAGACAAAUCAAUACAAUGAUCUUCUUGCUGUGUUGAAUGUAUUAGGAACAAAAAAAUGGAUGGUAUCUGAAAGUGACUGUGGAUAUUAAAUUUUGUGAAAUUUUAUAAAUGAAAAAAGAUGCAUCCAAUGAAAAACAUCUACAUGUACAAGAUGUUACUGGGCAUUCAGAGUGUUGUCUGUAAUAUUGAAUUUCAUUCAUAAUAUAAAACUUUAAGCAUACAUAAUAUUAAUUUUUUUAAUUUGUAAAACUUUUGAUUAAAAUUAUAUAAAAUUAAUAAAUUUUUUUAUAUUACCGAAA